CUGAAACUACAUUUCCCAUGAUUCAUUCGAUGAACUGUUUGACAGUUUUGAGUUGAUUUUUGACCUAGAGAAGUCAAGUCACCGUACAUUGAUUUGGAUGAGGACUGUUUAAGGGCUCAUGCAGUGAUGCUCGUCCCUGGCACUGUCUGGUAAGACACUGUGUGCCCUUUCUUCUGCUGGGGUUGUCUUUGCCCAAUGAUUCAGAAUGGCAGCAGAUGUCCAUAAUAAGGGUGCAUCCUGGGAAGUUAAAAAUGGCAACCUAGCACCUGCAGAUCGACUCCAAAAAGAUCGGUCGGACAGUCCGACCCCUGGCCUGGUGGAGGGGACAGAGCCAGGUGCUGGUCAAGAGGGUGCCAUGUUUGUUCAUGCCCAGUCUUUUGAGGACCUGACUGCUGAAGGUGAACCCAACACUAAUGACAGGUCAGCAGAGACGGGCGGCUCAGCCCCGGCGGCGUCUGAUGAAGCGGAGGCGAGGAAUGCCCACGAAGAGGUUCUCGAAGAAGGUGAGGAAGAGCAGGACGGAAGCUCAGAGCCUGAACGGGAGGAGGAGACGAAGCAGGUGCGGAGCAGCAACAAGGCGAAAGACGAGGACGUGACGAGCGAAACAUGGCGGAGUCACAGGAAGCAUUUGUUCGUGCUGAGCGAGGCGGGGAAACCCAUCUACACUCGCUACGGCACGGAGGAGGCGCUCUCCAGCAUCAUGGGAGUCAUGAUGUUGCUCAUGUCCUUCUUAGAAGAUAAAAAGAACAUCAUUCGCUCCAUUCAUGCAGAUGGCUACAGGGUGGUCUUCUUGCGCAAGAGUCCCCUCAUCCUGGUUGGAGUCUCCCGCACGAGCUGCUCCGACCGCGAGCUGACGCGAGAACUUCAGUAUGUCUACUUCCAGAUCGUGAGCCUGCUUACCCUCACGCAACUCAACCACGUCUUUCAGCACAGGCAAAGCUACGACCUCCGUCGCCUGCUGGCCGGGUCCGAGCACCUCACCGACAACCUCUUGCGGCUCCUGGAUCGAGAUCCGGGCCUGCUGCUGAGUGCUGUGAUGUGCCUUCCUCUGGCCGGCUCGGCCCGUGACGUGGUCUCCUCCAGCUUGCAGGCCGCUAAAUCCAAGAACCUAGUGUUCUCCAUCCUGCUAGCAGGAAACAGACUGGUUACGCUGGUGCGGAAAAAGGACCAAUUUCUGCACCACAUGGACUUGCACUUGCUCUUUAACCUGGUUGGAUCCUCGUCGUCUUUUAGACAGGGUGAGGGAUGGACGCCCAUAUGUCUGCCCAAGUUCAACCCAGCAGGGUUCUUCCAUGCCCAUAUUUCCUAUCUGGAGCCGGCCUCGGAUCUCUGUCUGAUCCUGGUGUCCACCGACCGUGAGGACUUCUUUAACCUCUCAGAUUGCAAGAAGAGGUUCCUCGAGCGGUUGCGCAAACGCAGUGCCCAUCAAGCCCUGCAGGAGGCGCUGAGCAUGCCAAGUUAUCCCGUCUCUCAAGUCGGCAUCCCUGAGCUGCGGCACUUUGUGUACAAAUCAAAAAGCUCUGGGCUUUACACAAGCCCUGACCUUCCAGUGCCGUACCAGGCAGACGAGGAGCACGAGAGGCUGAUAGGAUUGUACCAGAACCUGCAUAGCUGCCUGCAUCACCCCACACGCCCCCUGCGCUACAUGUACUGCUGCAGAGAAACUGAAAACCUUUAUGCCUUGGUAACAAGUGGCUUUGAGCUCUACCUCUGCUUCAGUCCUCUGGGAACAAAAGCACUGGCUGUAUCUGCGGUCCCUAAACUGCUGAAGUGGAUCAGAAAGGAGGAAGAUCGUCUCUUCAUACUCAGUCCCUUAACUUACUGAUUCGGUUUGGGCCUUAAGUGGAACAACAGAAACACUAGUAAAUCACUGAGCCCAGGCUGUCUGACGAGCAACUUGUGCUGUCAUGUCAUACUUGAACAAAUGAAUGAACAAAUGAGUAAAUGAAUGAACUGAUUAAUUAGUGAAUUAACAACUGAACAAACAAAUGAAUUAAUCAAGAAGCUAAAGCAUGCUGGGAGAUAUUAAGUGAUUUCUUAUGAUUGAUGUCUGUUUUGAGGGCUACACGUGCUGGUUGCAGUAUCGGUAUAAUCGAGACGGUUUGUCUUCCUUGUCCUACAGGCUGAAACUGUGUGAGGGAUAGUUCAGCCAAAAGUCAUUAUUUACUCACCCACUUGUCAUUUCAAACCUGAAUGACUUUUUUCUUCUGCAGAAUACAGAAGAAGAUAUUCUGAAGAUAUAGGCGGUUCCCAUUGACUUGUAUUGCUUUUGUCUGUACUAUAGAAGUGAAUGGGUACCACCGAUGUUUGGUAAACAACAUUCUUCAAAAUAUCUUCUGCAGAAGAAAGUUAGUCAUACAGGUUUGAAACGACAAGGCGAGUUAAUGAUGACAGAAUGUUCGUUUUUGGGUAAACUAUCCCUUUAAAGCUGAGAUGGUGUCACAUUAUAAAAUGUAGUGUAGUAUCUGCCGAGGGUUGCUUUUAAGCUAGACAAUAAAGAUAGUAGAAUUAGCACUAACAAUCUAAUGAAUCUUCACAGAACGCUGCUAAAUCUGAACUGAAACUGCAUAGCUUCUGCUUUUUUAUUUAUAUACUAGACCUGCCACUGUUUCAACUCAAAGUGGUAUCUUCUCCAACUUAAAAGUAUAGGAAUAGUUCACCCAAAAAUUGUCAGCAUUUAGUUGGCCUCAUGUUGUGUCAAACCCAUUGAAAUACUGAUGAAUGUCGAUGCUGCUUUUUCCCAUACAACUUACAAGUGAAUGGUAACUGAGACAUCUUUUGUGUUCCACAGAACAAAUAAACUCAUACGGGUUUGGAAUAGCAUGAUGGUAAGUAAUUGACAACCUAAUUCUUAUUUAGGGGUGUACUGUACCUUUAAUGGAAUAUUGGAGUUGGCCUUAACAUUUCCUCUUAUGAGUAGAGGGUGAAGUUUCUCACAACAUAGCUUACAUAUGGUUUAUUGUUUUAGUUAGGUGACAUUCCAAGUGCAACAUGUUUAGGGAACUAAAGUGUUUCUCUGAUAACCAAACUGACUUUAUUUCUGUAAGGAUUAGAUGUGCAAGGACCUUAAGAGAUUCGACUGACAAAUGUUGCAAAAGCAUGUGGCUCCAUGUGAACCACAAAUGCAUGUAUCUGAGAUUUUAAUGACUGACUGUGUUUUGCUACUGAGGUAUUUUUAUAAACCUGGUUCAGAUGGAUCACUCAACUUAGAGAUACGUCCAAACUAGUCUUACUAAAGUUAAUGCACAUGAUUUUUUACGAAUGCUUCAAGGGUGUAGUGUGUCAUUUCUAUUUGUGACACCAAACAAAACUGCUAAAAUAAGGAUUGCUCCCAAACGGUAAAAGAAUAAGCGAUUUGUGUGUUAGAAGGACCUUUGACAUACUGUUUAUGUUCUCCUUUGAUGGGAAUGAGAUGAAACAAAAUACGGAAAUCUGGUUUUCCAACGUAUUUGCAUGGUGACACUAAUAAUGGUGUUUUUUCUGCUCCUCUGUUCAUAACUAAUCUGAAAAAUUAAUUCAUAUGCCAAGUUCAUUUAAAUGUUCUUUAAAAUUUUGUCUCUGUGCGAACAAUUAAAGCAAUUUUAGAUGCAUUUACAGGAGACAUAGGGGUUGUGACAUUUUUUCCAUAAUUGUCCAAAUGAGAAGCUAUAUGGCAUUAUGUGUUGUAUUUUAUUAUGACUGUAUUAUCAAUAAUCUGUCACAAGACACUGAUUUGACCUGGAAAACACAAAAUGAUCAUUUGAACUCAUAAACAGUUGAUCCUGAUAUUUGUUCUUUUACUUAUAAACAAAUAUAUUGAGCAUGAUGAACAAAUAGUCUUUAGAUUAAAUUGAAUGCAUCAACAUGUCAUUCCUUCGAAAAUAACUAAAUAGUGAAUCUAAAGCCAUAGAAAUGACUUAAUUCACAUUAAACUGACAUCAUGGCUGUUGUAGUUCUUGUUAUGAAAACCCUUGUCAAAAUGUCUUAAAUAAAAGCUUUUCUAAUGCAGGAUCAAUCCUAAUGAACACACAAUAAACCUUUAUUCAAUAAGAUCCCAUGGAAAUUAACAAAUAAUAAUUUCUGUGUAUCAAGAAGGAAAUUUUCAUUCUGUUUUUGGACCUUGAAUCAAGAAUAAGUUCGAAAAAAAAUGAAAGAAAUGCUACAUUCCUUUAUACGAUUCUUUUAAACAAAAGGUCACUUCAGAGAAAAGUAGUAGUUAUUUUAUCACACCACUGGCUAAAAUGCUUUAACAUUAUACCUGCGACUGUCACACAUUUAUUUUUAACAUUAAGAAAAUAAACAAACAAAAUGUUACUUUACUCAUUGUAUGAAGCUUGAUUUGAAUAUCUCAUUAGUCUUCCUUAAUAUGUUUGCAUGAUAUGAUGCAAAUAUGCUUGUAUAACCAAAUGUAGGUUCUCAAGGAUUUUUAAAAGAAUAACCUAUUUAUAAAUGACUAUAACAAAACAAAUAUUGAAAUAGCAGAAACAGAUCAUUCAUACAGUGGCCAAAACUGAAGUCCAACUUUGGACAAUUGACAUUUUUGCUCUUUAUUCGUGUAUAUUAUUAAAGAUGCAUUUACAUUUUGGUAUGCAUGAUUUAUUGGUGUGUUUCAGAGUAUAGAGUGAAUAAAGUUCAUGAAGUCCAGAAGAAUAACUACAAACUAUUACCAGAGAUUAUCAACAAAUAUCAAUAACUGGUCAAAUUGCAGUCGAUGUAUGCUUCAUUUCUUCUUGUUUUUCUGUUUUUUUCUUACACUAAAAUAAAACUCAUAUUCCUUGA